AUGCAUAAGAGCGGCGACUAUGAAAGGAUUCAACAACGAAGACGCAAGAUCGAGAUGUAUAAAGUGGAAAGGGAGAAAAGGGCGAAACUAAUUCUCGAGCAAGAGCUCACCGAGCGCAACACUUUUGAGGAACAGAAGCGCUCUGAAGAACAAAUGCGUUUGAUCAAGUUAGGCAAGGAACACAAGCUUUUGCGUCAAAAGUAUCAUGAAAAGUUGGAAGCGGUUCGCAAGCAUCGUCUUGCGGUACGUGCAGCUAAAAGGCGUCUCGCACGCGUGCAAGAAUGGGAAGAUAAAAAAGCUGAAGAUGAGAAGGCACGUCUAAAGGCUGAAGAGAAGGCAAGGAAAAGGAAAUACGAAGAUGAAUGCAGGGAACGGCACUCUUCUCAAAUCAUUUUGUACGAUGAAGUUGAUGGGGAAGUAAAGAUCUAUCAACCAGUCAAAACGACAUCUCCUUGGAAAGGCGCUCAAGCCUAUUAUUCUGUGACUUGUAUCGGAGCACUGCCUUGGACCCAACAAUCAAUGAAUUUCUAUGGAACACAUUUGAAACAUUAUCGUGGUCUCGGCAUUUCUCUCGCAAUCCCAACAGAUAUCGAGGAAGAUGGCUUUUUUGUUGAUGUCUAUCAAAAGGAAUCAUUCGUCUUACCCUCCUGGAAAAAUCAUGAUCAAACUGCGUUUUUGUUAAAGGAUCGACUGAUGAAAAGAGCGCCGACAACUCUAAGAUUUCUUUUGAUGGCAAUGAUGCCUGAUUUGGAUCUACCCAUGAUUCAAAGCGAAGAAGCCGAGUUGCAACGGGAGGAUUUCCAUGGCUACUUUGAAGAGUUGAAGGAAGGCCGAAGGAUUGCACCACGAUACGAGCUUCAGAUGCAGGACUUAACCGCAACUUUGAGGCCGUACCAAGAAGAGGCUGUGAGGUUCAUGAUACACAAAGAGUUACACCCUCAACUCAAAGCAGCCACCGAAUUCUCUUCAAUUGAGGUUCAAGAAGGUAUCUACUAUUUUCCAUAUUGUGGCCUAUUUGCGAAACAAAGAUGGGAUAUCGAACUUUCUCUGCAAGGAGGGAUUUUGGCGGAAGAAAUGGGAUUGGGGAAAACAGUAGAACUGCUCGCUUUGAUCUCCACUCGAAACCCGAACAAUCCAGACCCGGACAUCAUUAAGAAAAAUCAUGUUAAGAAGAGAAGAGAAGAUCCAAUUGUGGAGACGGUUGAGUAUCUCGUUUCUUCUGUCACUGCUUCGAUUGAAGGAGAUAUGGGAAUCAAAGAAAUGGACAAAAUCCGAGCAAAAAGUGUAAAAGGCGUCCUCAACUACAACAACCAGCUGCCAAAUAAGAGCAAGAACUUUUGGUUAACUUGUGUCUCUUGUUAUGAAAGAUGUUGCUCCGAUCGAGUCACCUUGCCGGCAAACUAUGAUACAACGAAUUUCAAGUGCCCAACAUGCAUGAUUGAUGAAACAGUCGAUGCCGGAGCCACUUUAAUCGUUGUCCCUAGCUCGAUUCUCUCACAGUGGUAUGAGGAAAUUCGGAGACACAUUCGAGAAAAUGUCACUGUUGAUUUGUACCAAGGAGUGUUCGUUCAUGGAUACAAACAUCCAGAGCUUCUGGGAAGUCAAGACAUCGUUUUGACCACCUAUAGUGUCCUUGAAAAGGAGCUCUAUCUUGUUGACUGGAAACCAAAAGAAGGACUCCGGAAAAUGGCUCGCGCUCAACUCUCCCCGUCGCCUCUUUUGUCGAUCAACUGGUGGAGGAUCUGCCUGGACGAGAGUCAAAUGGUUGAGGGAGGCACAAGAAGAGCCGCUCUGAUGUGUCACAAGUUGCGUUCAAGAGCAAGGUGGUGCGUCACUGGCACUCCACUACAGAGAUCGCUUUCUGACAUUGGCGGCCUACUCAGUUUUCUUGGAAUCUUCCCAUUCAGCGUCCCCGAGAUUUGGUCCAAACUUCAUUGGGUUCAAUACACCCACGGUGACAAGGAUUUCCUUCUGAAUUUCAUUCGCCAGUUUUUCUGGAGGAACAACAAGCAAGAUGUGAUAGAUCAACUGAAUCUCCCGCCAAGAAAUGCCAAUCUGACCACUUUGGAUUUUGCCCCGUUAGAGGAGAGGACUUACCAGAUUGGACUUGAAGUAACAAAGCAAGCUCUAAGUAGAGAUCUUCGAACAUCGACUAUUGAGGAAAACCCGGAAACUCUCUUGAAAAAUCUCAAUCAAAAGCUGUUCACAAAAAUUUGGAGUCGAUUGUGUUACUUGAGAGCUUCAAUUGUGACAGCGACUGGCGAAGGACUUGGUUUGGGUACAGUGCUGGGCAAUACACCGAAUGUCCUCUUUGCUCGCCUUCAUCUCCGUGGCCGACGAGAUUUAAUGGACAAGAAUCGGACUCUGAUCGCAAAUCGGCAUGGACUCGCCGGGCUUCAUUUUCUCUAUGGGAAUCUCGAUGAAGCAUUCGAAGUCUACAAACAAGCUUGGGAUAUUUUAUUGGACACAAAAAGAAUCAACGAGAAACUAGGAUUGGCUAGCAAUUCGAUAGAAGAUCUUUUCACAGCUGAAGAGCUAGAUGUUGAUCGAAAUGAGAACGAAGGAGCUGUUGAAGAAGCCAAAAGAAAGCCGAUUACUGUUGAUUCAACCCAAGUGAUCCAUUGUGGAAAGGCUCUGAAAGCUUUGGCUGAGGUUCACGAAGGAGCCCGGCGGUUUUUCGAAGAACAAACCAUUGGAGAUUAUCUUGCUGGAGCCGCUGGAAGAUUUCUGGGACAAUCACUUGGAGCCAUCCACCUAGCAUCUGCUGACAUCAUCAAAGCCAUAGAAAAAUACAAUGAUGGCCAAUCAAGACUGCCGGAAAACGAGAAAUUCUCAUGGUUGGCUAAAGCUUUGAAUCUCGUGAUGAGCGAUGAAAAUCACGAAAUUGCGAUCUUUAAAGCGAUCGAGGACAUGAGAGGAAAGGACUCACUUGACAAGAAAAGGGCAAACGAUCCAGCGCAGUUGAGGACAACGAACACCUUGCAUAGAGACUUCUACCAAACUGAUAGAUCUGGAGCAGUGACCCCACUCAAAGGAGAUUCCCUUCGGCAACAAAUCUUUUCCGUUGUCAACAAAGCUUCUGACGAGAUCGCUUUCAUUUGUGAAGAAACUGUGACGAUGGUCGACGCUGCCUUAGAAUGUGAGAAAAUCUCUGCCGAUUUGAGGCAAGUGAUGGAAUGUGAUUGUUACAAGGAAUUCAUGAUGACAACUGAGGAAAGAGAUGCGAUGAAUGCGAAGAUAGUGCAUGCAGUGGGAAGAGAAGGGAGAAGGAUGCCGAGAGCCGAAAGAAGCAAUAUUGUUCCUGAUCAAGAACGGUCGUUUAUGAUUCUCACCGAUGAUUUGGAUAAAGAAACACUCCUCAACACUCGAUGUGGGUCUUGUCGAAUCGGUCGACGCAUCCGUGACCUUCGAGAACUACUAGGUGGAACUCGGGACGCAAGUCUUCAAACAGACAGCCGCUUCUCCUUCGAGUUGCUGUGUGCUCGCUUGUUCCGUAUUGCUAUCCGAGUACCAAUGAGUCAAGCAGCGAGCACAAAGUUCAACCAAAUGUACGACGACUUCUGCGCAUGGAUUUCUCAGAUUCGGCCGUUGUUCGAGGCUUCCCUCUCUGCAGUGCAAGCGGUUCAGGAAUUGGCCCACAAACUUGUCGAACUUGAGAACGCAUCAAAGAGGAUCGAAGAGGGUAUGGAGAUUUUCGUUCCUAGAGUCAAUAGAGGAACGCAGGAGAUAAAGGCAAUCGUGAACAAGAAGAAAGAUAAUAGACUGCUCCAAGCCUUCAAAAUCGCGGAUCAACAAUUCGUCGUUGAACGUCAGAAAGAGAUUGAUCUGAUUGUUUAUCUUCGUGCAGCCAAUAUGGGAUCGCCAGGAGAGUGUCCCAUUUGCUACGAGCCUCUCGAGUAUCAGUGGAUGGUUUUCCCGUGUGCUCACGUUGUUUGUCUAGGAUGCUGGAAGAUAUUAAAGAAAAGAUCAACAAUUCUCCAUGAAGAUCAACUUUACAUUCAAUGUAUCACUUGUCGGGCUAAAGCUAUCGAUUACAAAGUGACCAAGGUCGUUUCUUGUCCAAAUGUUGCUGUCAACGACGAGCAGAUGCCCGGAUCGAGCAAGAGAAAGCUAAAGGACAUGCGAAAACAGGCCCCGAAAGAUGUUUCACUUUCUGUCAAAAUCUCAGCAAUCGUUUUGAGAAUCUACGAGAUCGUCAGAGAAGAUCCAAAUGCAAAGAUUCUCGUCUUUUCUUCGAUGGAUUUAGUGCUCCGGGCUCUACACUCAGCCUUUUCGCAAUGUCAGAUCGCCUUUGUUGAGCUGAAGACGAACGCCAAGAGGAAUUCUACGUUGAAAGAAUUCAAGUUGUCUCAUGAUUUGAAGGUCUGUUUGAUGCCACUCUCAAGCGGUGCCAAUGGACUCAACCUCACCGAAGCAAACCAUGUGAUUUUUGCGGAACCGAUUGUCGAAACGAGUGUUGAAGCUCAGGCAAUUGGUAGAAUUGAUCGUUUUGGCCAAACCAAGCCGACUACCGUGCACCAUUUCGUCGUGCAGAACUCAAUUGAGGAGGAAAUCUAUCGAAUCACCCAGAAUCAUCUAUUCGAUGAGGGAUGGACAGUGCAAACGCUCAAGGAUGUCUUCGGGAUUCAAGGAAUUCAA